AUGCGCACUUCAUUCUCCACCGCUCUGGCCUUUGCUGCCGCUCUCCCUACUGCCUUUGCCCACUACAACUUCGAGGCUCUUAUUGUCAACGGCGAGGUCACCAAGCCUUACGAGUACGUCCGCAAGACCACCAACGCCAACAGCCCCAUCACCGACGUCACCUCCAAGGACAUCGUCUGCAAUGCCGGCGGUCUCGACAAGGACAUCCGCGCCGCUACCAAGACCCACGCUGUCUCUCCCGGCGAUGAGGUCGGUUUCACCGUCAACAGCGAGAUGGGCCACCCCGGUCCUCUCUCCGUCUACUUGAGCAAGGCCCCCGAUGCCACUGAGGGUUCCGACUACCUCGGCGACGGCGACUGGUUCAAGGUCUACGAGAUGACCUGGAAGAAGAUUGGUGCUGAGGGCGUUGAGUGGGCCAACUACUUGAACGGCCAGUCUGGCGGUCUCAACAACUUCACCUUCACCCUGCCCAAGGACACCCCCAAGGGUACCUACCUGAUGCGCGCCGAGCACGUCGGCCUCCACGGCGCUGGCGAGAAGGAUGGUGCUCAGUUCUACAUCGGAUGUGCCCAGAUCACCGUCGACGGUACCGGUGCCGGCAAGCCUUCUCCCGUUGUCUCCCUCCCUGGUGCUUUCAAGGCCACCGACCCCAGCCUCCUCCUCAACAUCUACUACCCUCCGGUGACCAAGUACACCGCCCCCGGCCCCAAGGUCUGGCCCGGUGCUUGCACUGACCACACCCCCAACUUCGCCGGCCAGGCAAGCGACGGUGACUGCACCAACGACAAGGCUGCUUCCUCCGGCUCCGACUCCGGCGCUGAGGAGUCCGCUCCCGUCGCUUCCGAUACUCCCGCCUCAGAGGUCCCUGCUGCCUCCGCUCCCGCUUCCGAGGCCCCAGCUGCCACUUCUCCCGCCACCGAGGCGACCGAAGCCCCUGCUGCCACCGCCACCGAGGCUCCCGUUGAGCAGCCCGCCCAGACUCAGGCUCCCGUUGCCACCAAGGCUCCUUCUACCGGAGGAAAGUGCAAGGCCAAGCGUGCCGCUAAGCGUGCUGCUAAGCUCCGUGCCGCCAAGCGCGCUGCUAAGAACUAA